AUGCUAAUGUCUUCAGAAGACCGACCAGAAUCAGAGGAACCGGAGACGUCUGAACCAGCGAGACGACACCACUGUUCACAGUGUGGAAAGAGUUUUACCCAUUUAGGGAGCCUUAAAAACCACAAGAGAACACAUGUAGAGAAGAAGUCUUACAACUGUUCCCAGUGUGGAAAGAGUUUUAGCUGGUCUGGGCAACUGAAAGAACAUGAGAGAAUACACACAGGAGUGAAGCCUCACCAGUGCUCCCAAUGUGGAAAGAGAUUUUUCAAGUCAUCACAUCUGAACGAGCAUAAGAGAAUACACACAGGAGAAAAAACAUUCCAAUGCUCUCAGUGUGGAAGGACAUUUUCCCGAUCAGGGGACCUGAAAUCUCAUGAGAGAACACACACAGGGGAAAAGCCUUAUCACUGCUCUCAAUGUGGAAAGAGUUUUACCCGUUUAGGGAACCAAAAAAUGCAUGAGCGAAUACACACAGGAGUGAAGCCUUACCACUGUUCCCAGUGUGGAAAGAGUUUUGCGAAGUUAGGGAACCUUAAAAUACAUAACCGAAUACACACAGGAGAAAAACCAUUCCAAUGCUCUCAGUGUGGAAAGACAUUUUCACGAUCAGGGGACUUGAAAUCACACAAAAAAAUACACACAGGGGAAAAGCCUUAUCACUGUUCCCAUUGUAAAAGUAGUUUUAGCUGGUCAGGGCAACUGAAAGAGCAUGAGAGAACACACACAGGAGUGAAGCCUUACCACUGUUCCCAGUGUGGAAAGAGGGACAUGAAAAAGCAUGAGGGAACACACUCUGUAGAGAAGCCUUUCCAGUGCUCUCAGUGUGGAAAGGGAUUUAUCCAGUCAUCCCAUCUGAAAGUGCAUAAGAGAAUACACACAAGAGAGAAGCCAUUCCAAUGCUUGCAGUGUGGAAAGAGUUAUACCCGGUUAGGAAAUUUGAAAACGCAUGAGAUGACACACACAGGAGAGAAGCCUUUCCAAUGCCGUCAGUGUGGAAAGCGUUUUACCUGGUUAGGGAACCUGAAAAUGCAUAAGGUGACACAUAAAGUAGGAUAGCCUCACCUCUUUUCCCAGUGUGAAAAGGGUUUUGUUCAUUUAAAGGGCUUGGAAAGAGCAUGAGAAAGUACAUACACAGGAGGAGAAGACAUACCACUGCUCUCAUUGCCCAAAUACAUUUCCAGAGGACCUGAAAUCACAUGAGAGAAAAAAGAGAGGCUGUGUUCUGACUUAUUAUUUUGAUUAAGAAUUUUCAUUUUUGGGGUUUGUGACAUGAAAUCUAAUUGUAUAUAUUAAA